AUGUCGCAUUACACUCAACAGGAAACGAAGAGACACGAGGGGAGAUCCCACUCCCGCGGACGCAGCUCCAGGCACUCGUCGGGCUCUUCUAGGUCGCUUUUCAGCGGGUGCUUCUCGGCUGAUGACUCGGACGGCUCGAGCGGCUCGGGGAACCUUAAAGUGUCUCUUGGUAUAUUCAGCUGGAUGUUACUGGGCCUGGGCCUGACUCGACCUCGGCCAAAGGAGUAUCGGCGGAUGCAGAAGUACGGGGCCGAUGCCAAACCUAAGAAGCAUCACUCUCACAGACGCGGUGGCAAGGAGAGGCUAGCCCGGAACGAAGCCCCCAGAAAUGGCCGGGUGUAUGAGUACGAGAGGAGGGAAGGUUCGCGGCAGGCGCAUAGAGAACGGAGACAAGUCAUAGACAAGUCCAUAGCCCCUCAUGGGCCACGUCCUGUCCCUCAAUACCAGCCGUCCCAGCGGUCUAGGAAUGAGCGCCAGGUGUCCCCCGAACAAAUCGACGAGGACAUGUUGGCCGACUUGCUUCGUCCUGAAUGGAAAUCGCCGACAACCUCUCCCCUACCGCCCUCAUUCACUAGCCGCAGUGGCAGAUCUAGUGGUGACCAUCGUGGCCAUUCUCGUCCCUCGGAGAGGAGAUCGCAUUCUGAGAAUUUGUACCACCUCACCCUAACAGAAGACCUUGUCCCCAAAGCGAACAAUGACCACCACUCGCAACGAUCAAACUCUCACCAGGUCCCGCUCCAGCGCCGAGUCUCGGGAGCGGCGAUCGCCAAUAACACCAAGGGACCGGGCUGGGUUAGCACAGCUAGCCGUGCCUCCAACCGAACGGGUCUUCAGGGACUCCCCUCCGCGUACAGACCCCAGACCCACAGGUAGAUCACGGUCUCGUGAGCAGCGAACACAAGGCCAGCCCAGCGUCCCGCCGACGAAUAGGCCCGUCCACACAACAGCCGAGCCAGCCGGGCCCAGAGCACGACGAGCCCCGCCAGCUGCGGCCACACCAACAAACUCGCACGCAAGUACCCCAGCGUCGCGGGCGACUCCCGGUCAAUCUCCC